CGCUUCUAAUUGGCUGUCCGGCGCAGUGACAUUGAAUGAAAUGAGAAAUAAUCAACAGGCGCUGAAAAACCAAAAUCACCUUUGUCCGGUGGAAGAUCGCCGGUGCGGUAAGACGUGAGACUCAGUUAUUGAUGUGUCCUCAGCUUGAUCGGCUGUUUGUGGUUUUAGAUGCUUUGUGACAGUUUGUCAAUCUCGAAAGAACACUUCUGGAAUGACGGACAGUUUACUAACUUUAAUAACAUCAUAAUCCCAGUUCUCACGGAUAUGUUUUCACACGUCAGUUCUGAGAAGCUGCAGGAAACUCUGGUGUCGUAUCACAGUCUGAAUGAAUCGGAGUGGAGCAUCGCGAAGAAAUCGAAGGAUGUGACCGUGUGGAGGAAACCAUCGCAGGAGUUCGGCGGAUUUCUAUAUAAAACCGAAGGAACCGUAGCAGAGAGUCCGCAGCGGAUCGUGGACUACAUCCGUCCCGGAGCCUGCAGACUGGACUGGGACAGCAUGAUCACGUCGCUGGACAUCCUGCAAACGCUAGACCAGGGCCGUUGUGUUGUGAAAUACACCACCGCGGGGCAGCUGUGGAACAUCAUCUCUCCGCGGGAGUUUGUGGAUUUCUCCUACACCACCGACUAUCAGCGCGGCCUGCUGUCCUGCGGCAUGAGCGUGGACCAUGACGAGCAGAAAGCGGGCUUCGUACGAGGAUUCAAUCAUCCGUGCGGCUGGUUCUGUGUGCCGGCGCAGGGCUCGGAUCUCAGUUUACUGACCGGAUACAUCCAGACGGACCUGAGGGGAAUGCUGCCGCAGACGGCGGUGGAUACGGCCAUGGCCGGCGGUAUGAUCAACUUCUACGGCGACCUGAGACGAGCUCUGAAAGCGCAGCCUCGCUGCCUCUGACCUGACGAACUCGAACGAGGCGUCGCUGACAGCAUCACGUUUGCUGCUCCUCACAGAUUCAUGGGAUAUUGUAAAUAGUCGUCGCCACGACACUUUCAUUUAUUACUGCGCGUUUUGUUUUUAUGCUUGUUUUUAAAUUAAUGUGAUUAAAAUCAGUGUAAUUGUUUUUCAUGAAAUGAUGUAAAAUUGUAUACGUCGAUAAAGUGUAUUUUAUUUUUAAAUCUUA